AUGGGUCAAGUUUUUGUAUGGAUAGAAAAAUAUGAAAAUAGUUAUCAAGAACUCAAUAAAAGAUUAACCACUUCUCCUAUUUUAGCUUUACUUGAUCCUAAUGGACAUUUUGUGAUGCUUCAAAAUUGGAUAGGAUAUGUUCUUACGCAAGAUAAAAGGGUAAUUGCAUAUGCUUCCAAGCAACUACGAACACAUGAGAAAAAUGAUCCAAACCAUAAUCUAGAACUAGUUGCCAUUGUUUUUGCACUUAAAAUAUGGAGACAUUAUGUCUAUGGUGGUGUGUGCAACGGUGGCGCCGGUGAGGCAUACGGUGACGUAGGGUUCACUGGUGAUGAUUUAGCGGUGGCGGUGACGAGUGGAGUGGAGCUUCUGUUUCUCGAUGCUGGAGGCGCUACAAGUGUUAAGGACAGAGAAGAACUUCCGUUUCCCGGUGCACUCAUCUUGGCCGGAGAGAGCAACAUCGAGGAGGUGCAGCUCGAUGACGUGUUUUUCUUGAAACACGCCACAAUCUCCAUCAUCAUCGUCAUCAUCAUCAUGAUGAUCACACUGAACUCUUCCUCCUCAUUAACGGAUUUGGGCUGCAGCAUAAGGAUUCAGAAGAAGCCCAUUAGAAAGGUGGUAGAUUGUGCUCUACAAUCUCCCUCAGUCAUCAAUUUCCCAAAACAACCCCAAGACAAAUCUCAAAUUACCCAAGAACCCACCACCCCUGCGUUGACGACAGACUCUCCCAAAAGGACUCAGUUGAACCCAUUUCAAAAAGCCGCUGCAAUGGCCCUAGACAUAUUCGAGAGCGCGUUGCUUGCACGCGAGCUUCGACAACCUCUCUCCAAAACCACGGACCCACGCGUCCAACUCGCCGGAAACUACGCCCCCGUCCCUGAACACCCAGUUCAACAUUCCUUACCUGUAAUAGGCACAAUCCCCGAGGCAAUCAAUGGGGUCUAUCUUCGUAACGGCGCCAACCCAUUGUUCCAGCCCAAGUCCGGACACCACCUCUUCGACGGCGACGGCAUGGUCCACGCCGUUAAAAUCAAUGACGGUACUGCAAGCUACGCAUGCCGCUUCACCCAAACGCAGAGACUCAUGCAAGAGCGCCAACUGGGAAAACCAGUCUUCCCCAAAGCAAUCGGCCAACUCCAUGGCAUUUCCGGCAUCGCCAGGCUUCUUCUCUUCUACGCUCGAGGUCUUUGUGGCAUCGUCGACCACCGCCGUGGCGCAGGCGCCGCUAACGCUGGCCUCGUUUUCUUCAACGGAAAACUCCUCGCCAUGUCCGAAGACGAUCUCCCCUACGAGCUUCGAGUUACCGCCUCCGGCGACCUCCAAACAGUCGGCCGUUACAGCUUCCACGACCAACUGGAUUCCUCUAUGAUCGCGCACCCUAAGAUUGACCCUAUCUCAGGAGAGCUUUUCUCUCUGAGCUACGACAUUACCAGUCCCUGCCUCAGGUACUUUAAUUUCUCGCCGAAGGAGGUGAAGUCACCAGACGUCGAAAUCCGGCUUGACAUUCCGACGAUGACGCACGACUUUGCGAUCACGGAGAAUUUCGCGGUAAUCCCCGACCAACAGGUGGUUUUCAAGCUGAGCCAAAUGUUAAAUGGAGGUUCACCGGUGAUGUACGAUGACAAGAAGACAUCGCGGUUCGGCGUCCUCCCUAAGCACGCCACAGACGAGUCGAGCAUCUUGUGGGUGGAGUCGCCGAACACGUUCUGCUUCCACCUGGUCAAUGCGUGGGAGGAACGCGACACAGAGGAGGUGGUGAUAAUCGGGUCAUGCAUGACGCCCCCGGAUUCGGUCUUCAACGAUAGCGAGGAAAAUCUGAGGACCAUCUUAACAGAAAUAAGGCUGAAUCUGAGAACAGGGGCAUCGAGGCGGAGAGUUGUGGUUCCCAACAUGAACCUGGAAAUAGGGAUGGUAAACAGGAAGCGACUGGGGAGGAAAACCCGGUUCGCGUACAUGGCUAUUGCUGAACCGUGGCCAAAGGUAUCCGGUUUGGCGAAGGUGAACCUGGUGAGUGGGGAGGUGAGGAAGCACGAGUAUGGGGAGAGAAGGUUUGGAGGAGAGCCGUUCUUUUUGCCCACAGGCGACGGAGAAAACGAAGAUGAAGGGUACGUUAUGGCUUUUGUGCAUGAUGAGAUGAGAUGGCAGUCUGAGUUGCAGAUUUUGAAUGGCGUGGACUUGAAGUUAGAGGCUACUGUGAUUCUGCCAACCAGAGUACCCUAUGGGUUUCAUGGGACCUUUGUGGAGGCUAAGGAUCUGGCCUCACAGAACAUUGAUUAAUCACCAUUGCAGUAACCCAGUGCUGCUGCAUGUGGCACAUGUGUACUAUUUUAUUGGCUUGCGUACAGGGAGACAGACAGGUCCCUCCCCAGGUUCUCCACAACAUAGACUAUGAUGCUCCUCUUUUAUCUUUUGCUAAAUAAAUACUGGAAUCUCUACCAUACAUGGAGCUCAGCUGCUUUCUGUUUUUUCUUUUUUUUUCAAUAUACAUUUAUUUAUUUUGAUGAAUUCACUUUUUGUUACGUCUUGGGUUCGGUUUUGCAAGUGUAUGAUCACUCCUGUUUUUCUCACUCUCUUCUUGUAUUCAUCUGUGAAAGUGUUGUCGGCAUUCACAUGUUGCUCUGAUAACCAAGUUUCUUUCCACCAACUGCUCACCAUUCACAUUACCACACACCAUCUCAUCUUAUCUUAGGAAAUUCAAUCAAGGAAAAUACAAAAAAAUAUUUUUUUGAUAAUUAUUAUUAAUGUUCAGGAUAUGAU